AUAGGGAGCAGCCAGAGGCGGGGACCGCAGGGGAUAGCGGCUGCGGACGGCCGGGGAGCAUGCCCGCGCGGCUCCGCUGAAUGGCGCCUUCUCCGCGACCGCCCGCCCGGCUGCGGCCGCCAGGGAUGCUGCUCGGCGCGCUCCUGCUGCUCCUCCUCGGCCCGCUUCCAGGAGCAUGGUGCUUUAGCGAACUGUAUUUUAUAAAAGAACCACAGGAUGUAACUAUCACAAGAAAGGAUCCAGUCAUUUUAGAUUGCCAGGCUCAUGGAGAAGUUCCUAUUAAGGUCACAUGGUUGAAAAACGGAGCAAAAGUGUCUGAAAAUAAACGGAUCCAGGUUCUUUCUAAUGGCUCUUUAUACAUGAGUGAGGUGGAAGGCAGGCGAGGAGAGCAGUCCGAUGAAGGAUUUUAUCAAUGCUUGGCAAUGAACAAAUACGGAGCCAUUCUUAGUCAAAAAGCUCAUCUUACCUUAUCAACUAUUUCUGCAUUUGAAGUUCAGCCAGUUUCCACUGAGGUUCAUGAAGGUGGAGUUGCUAGAUUUGCAUGCAAGAUUUCAUCAAACCCACCUGCGGUCAUAACAUGGGAAUUCAAUCGGACAACUCUACCUAUAACUAUGGACAGGAUAACUGCCCUACCAACAGGAGUAUUGCAGAUCUAUGAUGUUGGCCAACGGGAUGCUGGGAAUUACCGUUGUGUUGCUGCUACUGUAGCCCAUCGACGUAAAAGUAUGGAAGCCUCUCUAACUGUGAUUCCAGCUAAGGAGUCAAAAUUCUUCCACAUUCCAACCAUUAUAGCGGGUCCACAGAACAUAACAACAUCUCUUCAUCAAACUGUUGUUUUGGAAUGCAUGGCCACAGGAAAUCCCAAACCAAUUAUUUCUUGGAGCCGUCUUGAUCACAAAUCCAUUGAUGUCUUUAAUACCCGGGUACUUGGAAAUGGAAAUCUCAUGGUAUCUGACAUCAGACUGCAACAUGCUGGAGUGUAUGUUUGUCGUGCCACUACUCCUGGCACACGCAACUUCACAGUUGCCAUGGCAACUUUAACUGUAUUAGCUCCUCCUUCAUUUGUUGAAUGGCCAGAAAGUUUAACGAGGCCCCGAGCUGGCACGGCUCGAUUUGUGUGUCAGGCAGAAGGAAUACCCUCACCCAAAAUAUCAUGGUUGAAAAAUGGAAGGAAGAUACAUUCAAAUGGUAGAAUUAAAAUGUACAACAGCAAAUUGGUAAUUAAUCAAAUUAUUCCUGAAGAUGAUGCUGUUUAUCAGUGCAUGGCUGAGAAUAGUCAAGGAUCUAUUUUAUCCAGAGCCAGACUGACUGUAGUAAUGUCAGAAGACAGACCCAGCGCUCCCUAUAAUGUACAUGCUGAAACCAUGUCAAGUUCAGCCAUCCUUUUAGCUUGGGAGAGGCCACUUUAUAAUUCAGACAAAGUCAUUGCUUAUUCUGUGCACUACAUGAAAGCAGAAGGAUUAAACAAUGAAGAGUAUCAAGUGGUCAUUGGAAAUGACACAACUCAUUAUGUUAUUGAUGACUUGGAACCAGCCAGCAAUUAUACUUUCUACAUUGUGGCGUAUAUGCCAAUGGGGGCCAGCCAGAUGUCAGAUCAUGUGACACAGAAUACUCUGGAGGACGUUCCCUUGAGACCUCCUGAAAUUAGUUUGACAAGUCGAAGUCCCACCGACAUUCUCAUCUCCUGGCUGCCAAUCCCAGCUAAAUACCGGCGGGGCCAAGUAGUGCUUUAUCGCCUAUCCUUCCGCCUGAGUACUGAGAAUCCCAUCCAAGUUCUGGAGCUCCCUGGGAACACGCAUGAACACCUUUUGGAAGGCCUGAAACCUGACAGUGUCUACCUGAUCCGAAUCGCUGCUGCCACCAGAGUGGGGUUGGGAGAGUCAUCCGUGUGGACUUCACAUAGGACACCCAAAGCUACAAGCGUGAAAGCCCCGAAGUCUCCAGAGUUGCAUUUGGAGCCUCUGAACUGUACCGCCAUCUCUGUGAAAUGGCAGCAGGAAGCUGAGGACACAGCAGCCAUUCAAGGCUACAAGCUGUACUACAAAGAAGAAGGACAGCAGGAGAAUGGACCCAUUUUCCUGGACACCAGUGACCUUCUCUAUACCCUCAGUGGUUUGGAUCCCAGAAGAAAAUACCACGUGAGGCUGCUGGCUUACAACAACAUAGAAGAUGGCUACCAGGCAGAUCAGACUGUCAGCACCCCGGGAUGUGUGUCUGUCCGUGAUCGCAUGGUUCCCCCUCCACCACCACCUCAUCAUCUCUAUGCGAAGGCUAACACCUCAUCUUCCAUCUUCCUGCACUGGAGGAGGCCUGCGUUCACCACCGCACAACUCAUUAACUACACCAUCCGCUGUAACCCUGUCGGCCUGCAGAAUGCUUCUUUGGUUCUGUACCUUCAAACACCCGAAACUCACAUGCUGGUUCAAGGCCUAGAGCCAAACACCAAAUACGAAUUUGCUGUUCGAUUACAUGUGGAUCAGCUUUCCAGCCCCUGGAGCCCUGUCGUCUACCACUCCACACUUCCAGAAGCACCAGCAGGCCCACCAGUUGGAGUAAAAGUGACAUUGAUAGAGGAUGAUACUGCUCUGGUUUCCUGGAAACCCCCAGAUGGCCCAGAGACAGUUGUGACACGCUAUACCAUCCUGUAUGCUUCCAGGAAGGCUUGGAUUGCGGGAGAGUGGCAGGUCCUACAUCGAGAAGGGGCAAUAACCAUGGCUUUGCUAGAAAAUCUGGUAGCAGGAAAUGUAUACAUUGUCAAGAUAUCAGCAUCCAAUGAGGUGGGAGAAGGACCCUUUUCAAAUUCCGUGGAGCUGGCAGUACUUCCAAAGGAAACGUCUGAAUCAAAUCAGAGACCCAAGCGUUUAGAUUCUGCUGAUGCCAAAGUUUAUUCAGGCUAUUACCAUCUGGACCAAAAAUCAAUGACUGGCAUUGCCGUGGGUGUUGGCAUAGCUCUGACCUGCAUCCUCAUCUGUGUCCUCAUCUUGAUAUACCGAAGUAAAGCCAGGAAAUCAUCUGCAUCUAAGACAGCACAGAAUGGGACUCAACAGUCAUCCCGUACCAUUGCCUCUUUAGCUCGUGGAAAUGAGGUAGGAAAGAACCUGGAAGGAGCUGCAGAAAAUGAAGACUCCUUAAUGUCAAUGAUGAUGCCAAACAGCUUCAUUGAUGCAAAGGGAGGAACUGACCUGAUAAUUAAUAGCUAUGGCCCUAUAAUUAAAAGCAACCCUAAGAAAAAAUGGUUUUUUUUCCAAGACACAAAGAAGAUCCAAGUUGAGCAGCCUCAAAGAAGAUUUACUCAAGCCGUCUGCUUUUACCAGCCAGGCACUACUGUAUUAAUCAGUGAUGAAGACUCUCCCAGCUCCCCAGGUCAGACAACCAGCUUCCCAAGACCAUUCGUUGUUGCAGCUGAUACUGAACAUUCGGCAAAUAGUGAAGGCAGCCAUGAGACUGGGGAUUCUGGAAGGUUCUCCCAUGAGUCCAACGAUGAGAUACAUCUGUCCUCAGUUACAAGUUCCACACCCCCGACAUCUAGUUCUUUCACUGGCUGUGGUUCGGGUGGGGAUCCCACAGUGAGGAAGUGUGAAGACCCUGUAAUGCCAUCAGCUGCAGAGCAGAAUUCCUCUUCGGUUCUGCCCCCACCAUCUGCUAAGCAAAGUUUUGAUAAAAACGGUCUUCUAGUCUAGACAGCCACGCUCAGGUAUUCUCACCUGUAAGUCUGUUCGAAGGACAAUGAACAGGGAGCCAAAGCCUUUGUGAAAAUCGUGAUGUCUCACUGGGUAUUUCAGCUUUUUUUUGAAUGUGUUUUGUUUUUUAUUUUUAAACUCAUGUAAUUUGAAUGUUUCAUUGUCAGCAAUGUGAAAGGACAGUCAAAAUGUUUGACUGGAUUAUAAAAUACAUCACUGGAGCAAAGGGAAGACUUUUGAAAGCCCCUUUGCUGACUAUCUACCUCAGUUUGCCAGAUGGCAGACUCUGAAGACAACUUUGUUACCUCGUUUGUUGUUGUAGUUUAUUUCAGCUACAUAACCAAUGAUGCUUAUUAGUAGCAUUUUGUUUUCAUUGCUGUAUGUGUAAUGUGUGUGAUCAAAGGAGUCAUAUAGGUAGAUGAGUAAGAAUGUUUAUCUGAAGCUCUGAUUUUUU